CAUUCCUUUGAUUUAUCCCUCUUCAGUUAUUUCUGCAUGACCUUUCACAUUGCAUGAAUAUAAUUUCACCUUUUCUAUCCAACCUCCCAUUUAUCCUUUCCCUUUUCCUUCUCUCUAUCUUUCUCCGUAUGUCCCUGUCUACGUGUAUAUCGCUUCUUGGUUUAAACAGGUUACUUCCAGACGUAACUCCUCUGUUGCCAUGUUAUUAAUGACAGUACCGAGCAUUUCUAUAGCGCCUUCUCUUUACGAUAAGACACAAAGCGCUUUAGGAUUCGUGAGCGAGUUCCUACAGACAGAUAUUAAAUUGUGUGUAACAAUACAUAUUCAAUUCAUGCAGAAUAUAUUCUUAUAUGAUAAGUAAUGUGCAUUUUGUUGUUCUUAUUUCAUUUCAGAUAACAAGAUGUCACAAGACAAGAUCUCGCGACGCUGAUACAACAUGAAAGAAGAGCGCUUUUCAGCCCGAUGAACGUUAAAAAUACCUACUACGCUUUCUUAUCUUAAAGGAAAGAUAACAUACGCUUUAUCAAGUGGUUGGAUUGACUGAAGUGCACGUGUCGAUGAUUUUCCCGUAGAAUGAAUACACACUGAUGUGAGUAAUUUCUCGAAGAGACCCCGCGAAAAGACUCCAAUAUGGCGUCUGGAUUAGGUAAAUUAGGCGAAACUUAUCUGAACAUCGAUCACGCGAGUACUUCUCCUCAACUGUUUAGUGAGGAGGAUUACAGUGGUUAUUCAGGCUACCCCAUGAACGAGAGCAGCUUCAACGAAAGCGCAGUAUCGCCCAGUGUCGUGAAGCGCCCUCUACGAGUGAUCAUACCAAUAGUUACCGCCAUGUCGUUUGUAAGCCUUAUCACCUGCAUUGGCAACGCCCUGGUGAUCGUUGCGGUACGAACGGACCGACGACUUCGAACAGUGAGCAAUUAUUUCAUUCUCAGUCUUGCUGUUGCGGACCUACUCAUUGGAACCCUCGUGAUGCCGUUAAGUAUUAUCUACUUUGUGGAAGGCAAAUGGAUACUCGGUCUCAUCGUGUGCGAAACAUGGUUAACCGUCGACUACGUCACCUGUACGGCUUCCAUAUUCAAUCUCUUCAUUCUCAGUCUCGACCGAUACUGGUCAAUCAGCUCCCCGUUAAAAUACAUGAAGAAAAGAACUCCACGUCGCGCCAUGCUUAUGAUAAGCUUGGCUUGGUGUCUUUCUUUUUCAUGGAUCGUACCGGUUUGGGGCUGGCAUUACUUUGAACGGGAUGGCGAACCCAGGGGUGUCCCGUCCGACGAGUGCGACACGGAAUUCGGCUCCAAUAUAAUAUUUAAAGUCCUGACAGCAAUACUCAAUUUCUACAUUCCGCUAGUGUCCAUGCUUUUCGUUUACGGGAAGAUAUUUUAUGAAAUCAAGACAAGGUCCAAAAUGUGUGUCGGGCAAAGGUCUAGCGGUAACAAAAAAUAUUCGAUCAGACACUCUGCUCAUAUGAUUCCGUUACCCGUGGCGGUCGAUGUGUGUCCAAACACUCCUUCAAAUGAGGAACCGGAAGAAGCGGAAGAACAAAAUGCUUCGUGGAUACCAGACUACGAUUCAUUAAGCACAAGCAAAGACACCUCACAGGAAUACGCUGACCAGAGCGAAUCGUGUCCACCAAAUAUCGCUGCUAAACGUAUAAAGAAAGGAGAGGUUGAUCAUCAGUUAAAGAACAUCUCGCACUUAACAUUAGCAACUAUGGGUCUUGCGGGUAUAGUAGGUCCAAGUAUGAUGGGUGUGCCCUCGGGGCAGCGGAUACUUAAGAGGAAAAGGGCCGAAAAGGAAGCGCUCGCUAUAAAGCAAGUAAAAAGAAUUCUGCCUGAAGAGAACAACAGACCCAGAAUAGAAACGAUUCAUGUUCCAAUGAUAAAAGAACCAUCUAAUAGCACUUCGAGUGGCACUGUUGAUCCACAGUUGGACGGUGAGAUCAUUCAAAUGAAAGAAAUAAACGGUAAUGUAUCACAUAACAAGUCCAUUCUCCGGCAAGAAGAAGCGUUUUUAUGUCCGGAUCGUGCUCCAAAUGGGACGGCGAAAAGGAGAAUUUCAUUUACUGUUGAUUCGGUUGCAUCCAAAGAAGAACUUGAACCAUUGCGAAGAAACUCUUACGACGAAAGAAAGACAACAAGCCCUAAGUAUCGGGGAGUUAGGUAUAACAAAGAGAGCUCCAGCCCUACUCACCUUCUUCCAACUGAUAAUAUAAGCCCGGAUAAUUUGUCUCCCAGUCGGGCAAUACCUAAAGCUCAAGUAAAGAACGGUGGGGUCGCCGGUCGAUUCUCCUUUGCAAGGUUUAGUAUUCGGCAUGGGAAAACAAGUGAGUUCCUACGGGAUCGCAUCAAACGCUUCUCGUUAAACAAAGAACGAAAAGCUGCCAAACAGCUAGGUAUCAUUGUCAGUUGUUUCAUCACAUGUUGGCUACCGUAUUUCAUCUCCUUCAUGGUUAUCGCUUACUGUCCGACCUGUGUAAACCCGAAUGUCCACUAUGCUCUGAUAUGGCUGGGAUACUUGAACUCAACCAUGAACCCCUUUAUCUAUCCAUUGUGUAACAGUAACUUUAGGAAAGCCUUUAAGAAGAUCUUCGGCAUCACUUCGUGUAGAUCUUCAACCAAACCCAAACCCCAGACCAGAUCAAUGUACAGAAGACCGAAAAACAAAUGAGCUGCUUAUAAUGUCUUGAAACAAAAUUAUUCAUUAAGUGCCAGAUAUCAAAUUAUGUAGAUAUAUUUUUGCGAAGUAAUUGAUGUAUAGGAAAUUACAUAUAAUAUACCAAUAAAUCGGGUACAGCUUUACGUAUUAUAGCAUUCACAUAUAUCUCAUAUUUAAAAGGAAAUACGGAAAUCUUUCAGAACAAGAUCUAAGAGUUGUAACAACGAUGCGGUUGUAGUGAGGAAGCAACUAGGUGACGUCCACACAAAUAAAACAGAUCAUAAAGUUGCUUAGAAACCAUUUUUAUCCAAAUUUAUAAGAUUAACUGUCAUUGCCAUAGCAAAGUAGCAAUUUAAGGGCUUGAUACGAAAUCUUUAAAUGAUAUUCAAAAGAAUUAUUGCAGGGUUAUUUUUACUUUUGUCAGAACCUUACAAUGUUCAGGUAUUAUUUUGUCUGUAUUCCCUUUGCAAAGUCAAACCUGGGCCCCGUCUUAUAACGAAUUGCGAUUGAUUCGAAUCAAUUGCAAGUCCUCCAAUCAAUCGCAAAUUUGCAGUCUCCUAUCUCUUAUGUACAUAGUUACGAUUGAUAUCAAUCGCAA